AGCAGUUUCUUUUCAUUUUCUCAAAAGUUGCCAUUUAACUCCCAACCACCACGUCGUUUUUAUACAGUGUCCCGUCUCUCUCUAAUCCUCCUUUAUCACUUCGAUAUCUCUCUCUUCGAUUUAUCUUGAAAAACCCCCAAAAUUUCACAAGAGAGAACCCUAACAUCACAAAUCGGCGAGAUGGAUGAAAUUGUGCUGCCGCCAAGAAUGUUCGCGGCUGGUGAUGAACCGGUGGGUGAGCGUGUCAAUUCGUAUCACAAGAUUAAGACCACCAGAUCAAUAAUCGCCGCACUCGAACCAGAGGAGUUGGAGUUUCUUUCGAAUUCUACAUUCGGGAGGAUUCUUGCGAUUGAUGAUAACCCUCCGUUUUCUGGGGCUUUUGGACAACACGUUAUCGUCCGACUCCUCAAAGUCAACAAAAAGUACGAGUUUUGGUUUCUCUUUGCCGGAAACCCAGUCAGAAUGUCCCUCCGAGAGUUUGCCAUCGUCACCGGUUUGAACUGUGCAAAGAUCCCAGCGCAGAAGAAGAAGAAAAACCCAUUGAAAGAGAAGCUGUACUGGAAUGAACUCUUUGGGUCUCUGAAGUUCUGCACCGUCGAAACAGCCAUCGACAUGUUGGAGAACAAGGUCGUAAAAACAAGAGAGUUGCGAAUCAAAAUUGCUUGUCUUGCGAUUACCUCCUCCAUUCUCUUUCCCUCAUCACACACACCCCGCAUCAUCCCUGAACAUGUUGAGUUGAUUCGAGAUCUAGAUGAGUUUCUGGCCUUCCCCUGGGGCAGAGCCUCGUACCUUACUCUUGCGUCCUCAAUUAAAGGGAAGGAUGAGAUCGCAUUGUCACAAACAUCUGUUGCGAUACGUGGUUACGUUGAGGCAAUUCAGUUGAUUAUGCUUGCUGCCAUCCCAGAGCUUAAAGAAGAAGUCACCCAAUCUGAACGUGUUGUCAUAGUGGAUACAGAAAGCGACGGCGAGUCCAACACAGGCGCAGAAGCGUCUGAGGAUGUUAACGUUGCCGGUCAGGUCAAACCACCCCAGGCGACUAAGUAUUGUCUCAUACCCGGUCAUGCAAAGACUGCAGAUUCCGAAUGCAAGGUGUUUGUAAAGUCUAUUCUUGAUGAUCCAUACGAGGAGUGAUCUGCUGGCUUAGAUUUCAGUUGGACUGAUGAGUCUGAUGAUCUGGCUCUUGACCACAUGGUCCUAUUGAUAAGUGAAGGUUUUGUUUUCAGAAAGGAAAUGUUUAAAGGUGGUCUUACCGCCAAUGAUCUUUCUCGGAUGAGGGGAGAAAAGAAACUGAAGGAGAAAGAACCGAAAGACAAAAACGAUAAGGAUCACGUUGCGGAGGUUUCAGAAGGCGAGGGAUCCUCUGAUUUCGUCGAUAU